AUGGAGUCCAAGAAGUUAACCGCCCCACGGCCCAUUAAAAAGCUUGAUGAAUCUGUUGUAAACAGAAUUGCCGCCGGUGAGAUUAUUCAACGGCCCUCUAACGCGCUAAAAGAACUAAUCGAGAAUUCUUUGGACGCUGGAGCAACUAAUAUUCAAGUAUUAAUCAAAGAGGGAGGGCUCAAACUUCUUCAAAUUCUUGACAACGGACAUGGAAUUAGGAGAGAAGAUAUGGUUAUCGUAUGUGAGCGCUUCACAACGAGUAAACUCAGGAAUUUCGAAGAUUUAAUGCAUAUAGGCACUUAUGGAUUUCGUGGUGAGGCUUUGGCUAGUAUAAGUCAUGUGGCUCACCUUACAAUCACCACGAAAACUGCUGAUUCUAACUGUGCUUAUAGAGCUUGUUAUUCUGAUGGUAAACUUGUUCCACCAAAACCUGGUGCCGCUGCCGAACCAAAAGCAUGUGCAGGUAAUAUUGGUACACAAAUUACGGCGGAAGACCUUUUUUAUAAUGUACCAACUCGUCGGAAAGCUUUGAAAAACCCAACCGAAGAAUAUGCUAGGAUUCUUGAUGUGGUUAAUCGUUACGCUAUUCAUAACGCAGGUGUUGGAUUUUCAUGUAAAAAGCAAGGAUCAACUCAGGCAGACGUGAAUACUUUGUCGACAGCAUCCACAUUAGACAACAUUCGGCAAAUAUAUGGGAGCACGACUUCCGAAUUAUUAGAGUUUGGGAAAAUUUUCAGAAAGCUUGAAUUCAGAGUGAAUGGAUACAUUUCCAACCCCAAUUAUAACUUAAAAAAAAUGGUUUUUCUUUUGUUCAUUAAUCAUAGAGCAGUAGAAAGUUCAUUGCUCAAAAAAACUAUUGAAAGUGUUUAUGCAACUUAUUUGCCGAAAAAUACGCAUCCGUUCGUAUAUUUGAGCUUAGAGAUUAAUCCAGAAAAUGUUGAUGUGAAUGUCCAUCCCACAAAACGCGAGGUUCGAUUUUUAAACGAAGAGGAGAUUAUUACGGCUGUUGGAGAUGCAAUACAGGAGCGUCUUGUUGGUGCCAAUAGUUCUAGAGUUUUUUUAACUCAGACUUUGUUACCUGGUGCAAAGCCAAUAGAAACUAAUACAUAUGAGGCCGAAAGCUCAAUUAAAAAGUCUGGCACCAAGGUGUUGACAUAUAAACACGUUAGAACUGACAGUAGAGCUCAAACGUUAGACCGUUUUUGUGUUCCGGAUGAUGUAUCAAACCCGUUCAAUGCAGUAUCCCAAAGCAAUGCGGAUAAUGAAUCCGAUACAAGCCACAAUUUUCAUGACUCUAUCGAAGGCGGCAAUGCUGUAUCGUCAAGUUUGAAACGCAAGCGUGAUCGUAAUGAGGUUAGAUUGACGAGUCUCACGGAAUUGCUUUCUAAUCACACAAUGGUUGGUUGUGUUGAUGAUUCGUUAACUUUAGCUCUUAUACAGCAUCAAACAAAACUUUAUAUGAUCAAUUAUAAUGUUCUUAGUGAAGAAUUGUUCUAUCAAUUAACUCUUCAGGAAUUUAGUAAUUUCGGGUUUAUUCAAUUAUCCUCUCCAGCCCCAAUAUAUGAUAUGAUCACUUAUGCUUUGGAAUCAAGUAUUCAAGAGACAGAAAAUUUAAGGCCAAAUCAUGAAAUUGCUCUGAUUAUCGUUAAUAAAUUGGUCUCUAGAAGACAAAUGUUGUUAGAAUACUUUUCCAUGACUGUAAAUGAACAAGGUGAAUUGGUCACUCUUCCAUUGAUGCUUAAGGGAUAUGCGCCGAACUUGAAUAAACUUCCAACAUUUUUGUUGCGUCUGGGCACAGAGGUUGAAUGGGAUACUGAAAUUGGAUGUUUUGAAACUUUGUCUCGUGAAUUCGGAUUAUUUUAUGCACCAGAGCCACCAGAUUUUUCUUUUCAAGAUGCAGACGAUGAUUUAAUGGAUAUUGAUACAAAUAAUGAACUUGCUGAUAUCAACAGUAAUGCAAAAAAACAAGAAAAAGAUAGCGUCUUAACAAAACAAAGACAAAAGGCCGAAAUCGCGAAGUACCGAUGGCAAAUUGAGCAUUUAAUUUUUCCAACUUUGAAGGGUCAAUUCAUUGCUCCAAAAAGUAUUGCUGAAAGUGGGCAUAUACUUCAAAUAGCAAACUUACCUGAUUUAUAUCGUAUAUUUGAACGCU